CGUGCAAUUCAGUUGGCAACGAACGCGCCGUCGAGCAACACGCGCCUGCUCUCUCUCCCUCUCGCAGUCUUUCGAAGCUCUCCGAAGCUCGCCCAAGUAACGGUAACCCGUGUGAGCACGUGAAUCGAUACGUUCGAUUAUCGUUCAUCGUUCAUCGAACAUUGAAGUUUGUGGAGUUUUUUUUUUUUAAUGUAUUGUAUUUGUGUGUUUCAAAGUGAAAUGGAAUUUGUUGAAUUUUAAUUGCACGCAGCACGCUGCCGGCAAACAACAACAACAAAAGGCAAUAACAACAUCCAAAACGACGACCAGAUUUCAUUCAACCUGAGAUAAAAACAUAAACAACAACAACAACAGAAGCAGGAGAAAAUAGCUGAUAAAUAGACAAUAAUAAUAAAACAAAGGCCACGAACGCCGCUUCAAUUAGCCUUGUCAAUGAGCCAGUGAGCCAGCACCUUUCCUCUGGAACCAACGCAGCCAUGACAGAGACCAGCAAUCACCAGCAAUCGGUAGCCGCCGGAGGAGACUUCAAUGGCCGCCACUCGGCCUCACCGGCUCGCACCAUCGAUUCGCAUGACUCCACAACGGGGAGCCUGGACACCAUUGUAGAUCGCAGCCUAAAUCGCGAGGAGCUGCUCCAAGUGGUGACCACCAUUGAGCAGAGCACCAAUACCACGAACAGCGGCAGUUUGACCAAUUCACAAAUCGGAAUGCUGGAGAAGCAGCGGGAGGAGCACGAUCAGGAUCAGCAGUCGCGCCAGGAUGCCCAGAGUCACAUAUAUUCGAGUCCCGUUUACGAUGAGAAGCCACCGGCUUUAAAGCUUCUCUCCGCUGCCUUGGAUUUGGAUACGGAAAAGACCAAGGCAGCGGCAGCGGCUGCCGGAGAUCAGCCCAAAAUGAUAUCCCAUCAGGAGUUUAAGCAGCAGCUGGAGGAGGCCAUGGCCACGCGACAACAGCAACAGCAGCCGGGCAGCCAGGCGGGGACACUGAUGAAAUCAAAGAGUGCCGCCAAUACUUUGGAUUCGCGUAUAAGCCGGAAGCAGCGCUGUCCCCCGGAGUUUAUCAAGUACAAGGGGGGAGCAGGCAGUGAUGCCGGAGGCAGUGCCUCCACCAUGUCGCUUUCGUCAAAGGAUAGAAGACGUCGCAAGGCCAGCAAUGAAUGCUGUUCGGCUUUUCCUCUACAGAUUGUGCUGGGUACACUGCAGCUUCUGCUGGCCAUCAGUCUGGUGGCUUUGGGUUCCCUGCUGAUUGUCCGGGAGGCGGCACUCUCAAUGGCCGGUUGUGGCAUCUGGACAGGGCUAACGGCGGCGGUGACGGGUUCCCUGGGCGUGGUGAGCAUGCGCAAGACGCAGACAGCCUUUUUGGCCUUGAGUUUGGUUUGCAUUGCCACCAGUACCCUGGCGUUGGCCAUUUCUGGUGUGGGUUUAUCCAGGGACCUCAACCGAAUGGCAGAGCAGAAGGGCAACGAUGAGCAGUUUGUUUUGCUAACUACAAACAGCGAGGUUUCCGCCGCCUGUGGGCUGAUUUUUGCUCUGUUCCUGCACUUUGUGGUCAGCAUUGUAUCCGUUUACAGAUGCGCCUUGCAGAUUUGCACCAAAUCCCAGCACAGCGAGCUGCGUGAUGUCAUUAUCAAGUCAAAUGCCUCGGGCAUUGCCUUGGAUCAGCAAAAGGUGGACCAGUACAUUAAGGCCAUGUCUUUAAAUGGCAGCGAAAAGGUAAAUACCGAAAAGCUAGCAGCCAUGUGGAUGUAUGCCACUCAAAUGGGCAGCCUGCCGCCACCAACAAUCCGAAAAUUGACGCCUCCCUCCCGGCAAAUCAUGCUGAUUCCCUCUACAGCAGGCAGUGGGCUGGCACCACCGCCACCCACACGAAUGCCACCACAGCCACCGCCACCCGGCUCGGGUCCUGGAUUAUUACUCCCUGUGCCGCCGCCUUUGAUGCCGGCUCAGUACCGGGGCAUGACCCUGCCUUAUAUACGAGCUGGACCACCGGGAGCCCCUCCUGGCUUGAUCUAUGCCCAUCCGGGCAGCUUGAGCGGCACCUAUCGCACACACAAGAGCACCAAGUCGGCGGAGAUGAACGGCCAAAGGCGACGUCGGCGUGCGGGCAAAUCGGAUGCCAAUCGUCGGCAGCGUCGCAAAUCGGAGGCGGAUGUCCUGGAUGGCGAGGGAGCACCGAAUUUCCAAUAUACCGGACUGGAUCGGGCCAUAGCCGAUAGCUUCUUGGCGCGCCAGGAGCAGUCGCAGGCGGGCAGCAGUCAUGUGGAUUAUUCGUCGUCCGCCUCCUCGGAGCUGUACGGCGGUCAGAGGUCCUCCUCCAAGACCAAGAUUGUCUGCAGGGAUGUGGUCAUGUGAAAUGGAGGAUGGGAAAAGUCGAAGAUCAAGUCCAAGUCGCUUUUUUAAAGUCCAACGAACUAAACCUUCUCCUCUUACAGCUUUUGUACAUAAAUCUUUUCCUAAAAAAACAAAAAGUUAUUAAAGUUCUCUGGAUUUGCUUCCUUUUUUUUUG